UGAUUUCAAAUAUGACACUCUUCCUACACACAUAAAUAUCAUAACUUCUCACUUUACCUUACAGUUGCAAUAUCAUAUACCAACCUAUUACAGAAUAUAUAGACACUAACAAUGAAGUCAGCAACAUUUUAAUAUUUAUAAACACAAAGAAUUUCACAUAUAUUAUUUCAGCCAAUAUUUUCUCUAAUAUUCUGAGUUAUGUGCUCUUGAUGAAUUUUCUCAAAUAUCUCUAAAAUUAAAUUAGAAUAUAUUUAAAAUAUAUUUCUCUAUUUUUUACAACAGAGUUUUUUAAAUCUAAGACUUAGGAAAUUAUAUUUAAAAAUGAUACCAAAAUAAACCUGCCUGAAAAUUAGAAUAUCCCUUCUCUAUUUGUUCCUGCAUCCUCCAUUAUAGGUUGGGUGUAUAUUUAGGUCAGACACAUCUUAACCAGAACUGUUCUAUAUUAACAUCAUUUGUUAGUAAUAUAUUUACCAAUAUCAGUGAUGUUUUGUUAAUAUGAGAUCCGUAUGAAACACUGAAUAUAUAUAUAUAUCUAUGCCAGUCUCUCUCUCUCUCUCUACAUCAGACAUGUUGGUGUUAUAUGGACUUCUUAUGGCUGACUGUUAGUGGAGCUGAUAUUGUUUGUUCUCUCCCUUCCUUUCCCUCUUCUUUGUGAUGCUGGAGCAAGCAUCACCCAUCUUUCUCUCUCACCCCCUCUCUCAUUUACAUGCACACACACACACACAUUAUACACCACACAUCCACAAAGGAAGACUGAGAGGGAACUGCUGGUUCCCACUGACUCACCACCAACACUAUUCCAUCAACAUGAAGCCAUUGUCACACCAUAGCAGCAGUGACACAGACAACCAUUAACAACAGAACAUUGGGACCAAGUCACACUUUAUACAACAAAGGAUUUUACACACAAUGAAGAUCAAUUGACUGGUAUUAAACUCAACAAAUGAAGAUGGUCUUAAUAGCGAUAUGGAUAUUACAGUCUCUGCUUCACUGUUCUGUCUCUAAAGACAUUGUUUACCAUGUGAAAGAAGAGAACAGUCCUGUUAUCAACAUAGGAGACAUUACUGCUGAUUCCCAGUUAAAGGACACUGCAUUAUUAUCGUUCAGUCAGUUGCAACAGAAGGGAACACAGCUGUUUAAUGUGACCACCACUGGGAAGAUAUACACCACACAAACACUGGAUGCUGAGUCUCUGUGUACUUUUGAGAAAGAAUGCUUUCACACAAUUAAGGUAGCCGUUCAUAAAGCAGGUAAAUUUAUAAAGAUAUUGAAAAUUAAGGUGAUUAUAGAAGACAUCAAUGACCAUCAACCAGAGUUUCCUGUGGAACAAAUUAAGAUGGAAUUUGAUGAAAGUCAUGGAAAAGGUACAAAACAAUCGAUUCCCAAUGCCAUUGACAAAGAUGUUGGAUUACAGAACAGAUUAGUGAAUUACGAAUUGAAGGGAAAUAACCAACAGUUUUCUUUGUCCACAUUUCAGAUAGCAGAUAGUUUGCUGUCAUUAGAAAUCGUUUUAGAAGAAAAGUUAGAUAGGGAGACGAAAGACAGAUAUGAUAUAGAAGUGAUUGCUAAGGAUGGAAGCAAUCCACCCAAACAGGGUGUCUUAAAUGUGCACAUAACUGUGAAAGAUGAAAACGAUAACAGACCAAUUUUCUCUGAUAAAACAUACAAUGUCUCUAUACAAAGUAACCAUCAAAGGAAUAUACCGGUUAUUGUCAUGUUGGCAAAAGACUCUGAUAUUGGAGAAAAUGGUAAAGUUUCAUAUUAUAUCAGUUCCUUAACAUCUAAAGACUCAAUGAACAACUUUAGGAUAGAGCAGCAAUCAGGGGAAAUAUUCCAGUCUAAACAUUCUAAUUUAGAAAAGAAGAAAUCAUUUAAAUUAUAUAUUGAAGCCAGAGAUGGGGGCAGCCCUCCUCUCAGUUCCAUUGCAACUGUUAUGGUAAAUGUCAUCAACCAGCAGAACAAUCCCCCAAAUAUUGAUGUGAACUUUAUUUCUACACAGAAUCACAACACAGCUACCAUUCUGGAAGACAUCAAAGUUGGUAGUUUCAUUGCUUAUGUGAUGGUCACUGACAAUGAUGUUGGACACAAUGGACAGGUGAACUGUCAUAUCAAAGAUGACACAUUCAAACUACAGUCAAUGGGAUCGAAGGAAUAUAAAAUAGUUCUAAAGAAAGCAGUAGACAGAGAGACACAGGAACAUUAUCACUUUACUGUGUCGUGUGAAGAUAAAGGAUUACCUGCUCUGAAACUGAUAAAGAUCUGUCAAUCCAAGUGUUAGAUGUGAAUGAUGUAGAACCACACUUUACGAAAGACACAUUCAAGUUCCUUACCUAUGAGAAUGACAAAGCUAAUUUCCCUAUUGGCUUUAUCAAUGCUACAGACCCAGAUAUUGGUAAGGGAGGUGAAUUGUCUUAUUCUCUGAGAAAUAAACAGCAAUAUCGUCUGCCAUUCCAGAUUAUCAACUCUGGCUUUAUUUCAACAAACCAGUCUUUAGACAGAGAACACAGAGAUUUCUAUGAGUUUGAGGUUUUGUGAAAGACAAUGGAAGCC